GAGAGAGACUAGGGCGAGGCGGGAAGUUCAACAAACAUGGCGACCGGCAGAAGCUGAAAUUGCAUGAACGUAAAGAUUCCAUUUUGUUACGGCUAAUUAUGGACGACAAAGCGACAUUCAAACCCGAGACGGUGAAUAGAUUACUGCAACUUCAUUUCCAAGACAAACAGAAAACUAAAGUGAAUGGCCCUGGCUUGAAAUUGUUGGCUGAAAUGAUGCGUGUAUUUGUAGCUGAGGCUGCUGGGAGAGCCGCACAGCAAGCAACAGCAGAGUCAUCUAUGGUGGUACAACCCGAGCAUUUAGAGAAGGUCCUUCCUCAGUUGCUCCUUGAUUUUUAAAGACAUGCGAACAGCCAGUGUAAAUCAGUGGCAACUGGCAAUGGAUAAAUGGCCCAAUGAGAAUCACUUGAACAAGGCACCUUAGAUCUCAGGUUGCUGUAUUUCGCCGAAUUCUUUUUUUUUUUUUUAAUCACUCUUUAUUUCUCUUUUUAACAUUCCAUUAACAAUUCACAUUAAACAUUACAACUUACAGUCUAUUACAUUACUCUACAGAUACAUUACACUUUCUUCUUCCCUUUCACAAGAGGCCAGUUUCUCCCAUUUUUUCAAGUGGGUUAUUACAUUAUUCUUCUGUUUUUUAAUAUGACUUUCAAUUUUGUGCACUCUAUAAACUAGUGAUCUGAAAAAUUGAACAUUUGGAAGUAUUUUCUUUUUUCUACAAAAGUAUAUGCAUUGCUUUGCUAUAAGUAUUAGAUGGUUAAUGAUCAUGAAAUCAUUUAUACCAGAAUCCCAGAGACCAAAAAGAAUAUACUAUAUAACAAGAAAUCAUCAGAGCAUAAAUGACACUGUUCCAUCCAUUUUAUGACUUCAAGCCAAAAAAGGCGCACAUAUUUACAGUGGCGAAAAAGAUGUUCUAGAGUCUCGUCUUCAGCCUCGCUAAAAGAACAGACGGGCGAGUCCACAAUACCGAUCUUAAAUAACUUCUUAUUAGUGAAGAGAAUACAAUGUAAAAUCUUGAACUGAAACGCAUGUGAAUAUGUAUCUAUCGCAACACGGAAGGGCAGCAUGUAAAUAUCUUCCCAGUCAAAAUUCUCAGGAUUGUAAAGAUUAUACCUUGUCUGUGCUGUGGGUGUUACCAGCAUUUUAGAGAUAUAAUGAUUGUACACUAAUUUGGCAGUAAUAUCUAAUGCAUUUAUCCAUUUACUGCUAAGAUAUAAGGUUGGGAUUGGGGCCUCUUGAAAAACAAGUAGCUCUUUAAAGACCUGACCCUUUAUCAUACAAGUCCACUUUCCAAUUUCGCCGAAUUCUUGUAGAUAUUGCCAUGAAACAACAUACACAUUAUGUACUGUUACUUGGAUAGAUACGGCCUUGAAAUGAGAAUACAAAAAUCUUUGUUAUCCAGCUAGAACCGGAAGUAGCUAGAGAACCGGAAAUACACUGAUGAAAUGUGAUUUGUGAUUGCGUGUUAUCUAGUUUCAUUUUGUGUGCAGUCAUGCAUAUUCUGGGAGAAGGCGUCUAAUGACAUAUUAUUAACUGGUAUGAGCUGGACAAAAUAAAACAUUUUUACAGAAGGGUAAGUUAUUUUUAUUGACAAUUUUUUUUUAAUGCGUAGCAUUUGCUCUCGAAGCAAUGAAUCACGAAUAGGGGGUCGUAAUGUUGUAUAUUUUAGGAUGGAGUAAUCUGUCAUUUUUAAAAUAAAACAUUAUUUAAUCAUUUAUAUAUAAUAUUUUUUAUAGAUAAUAUUUUUUGCGGGGGGGUGGGGGACGUAAAAGAUAUUUUGGACGCUCCGGUACUUGACCAACCCCAUUGUUUACGCAAUUUAAUUUGUUUCAUUUUCAAUUCUUUCACCACGAGGAAUUCUACUUAUGAUGCGAAUUCGGCAACGUUUGGAAUAUCACUUGGUUCAGGGAAUCCCCAUUCCAUUGUAUUAUUUAUUCGUUAUUUUAUUUAACCUCUUCCGCCUGGAAGAGGGCGUUAGCUGCGGUAAUCCACAAAUUCGUUCCCCCGUAUUUUUUAUUCAGUUGUAUUAUACUAUGUGUAUGUGUAGGAUCGCCUUUGAAUAUUUCACGCUAGUGAUAACACUGAAAUAGGAAUUUAGCCUAAAUCCGCUAAAUAGCACAAAAAAAACGCUGUAAAAAUAUGUUUAACGUAUCUCCAGCCGUACUCUCCAAUUCUAAACAAAAUAGGUAAUUUCGAAUUUUAUUAGUAACUAAUUAGUAACCAAGAAAUAUUUAGUAACCAGUAUCACCGCGUUGACAUAAAAGACCAUCUUCUAAAAUUUCUUCUUUGCAUUUUUAAACAAAAGCUUAGAGUCUACUUAAGAACCUUGCUAGCCUAAUAUAUAAAAACCUGUUUAGGCUAGCUUGAAAUCAUCCAGGUUCUUUCUUUUACGCGUUUUUUUUUUUUUUUUUUUUACUGUUUGGAAUUCAACCUCUCGGACCCUGCACGGUGUGUUGCAUGUCCGUCGUUGCGAAGCGUACUACACUAAAUGACGUAUGAGGGAGCCGCUCGGCGUCCUGUUUAUUUGUUCAGUAUAACUUCCGCCUACUAAAUUUGGCACUUCAUUAUUCAACAUGGACACUGAACGUAUACCGCAUUGAUCGGCUCGGAAUAUUUACAAUGUACACGGCUUUACCGGUCGUCUUGGAUGGGAAAAGGGACGAAUUUGUAGCUCUAGUACUGGAGAGUUCUACGGGAAAGUGGAAGAAACGAAAUAUCUCCCUCCAAGUGGCCCAGGAUGGUAUGAGUUGUAACCUUGAGAUCAAACGGCAAGCGAAAUACAACCUCUUUAACAAGGUGCCAGAGUCUGAGAUUCUCCACUUGACGCCGUCGAGUCAUUCAGCUAUUUGGAUAUCCAGUGCUGGCGGCAAAUCUGAUUGUUUGGCUGUACUGUCAGCUGGCCCAGAUGCGUGGGGUUCCUGUGUGUAUUUCUCUGGAGAGGUGGAGACGCUUGAAAUAGUCACCUACAAGGUUUUUAGAUAUUGUAAUGUCGCGACUUACGACGUUUCCGUGGAAUCUGCGCGGCAUAUCCCAAGAGGCUCCGCGAUGCUGCACGUGUUUACGGACAAGCUCUGCCUGUCUUCCACCAAGAUGUCCAGUAUCAAAUGGCUCCACGAGUGGAACUACAAAAGCUUGCAGCAGUUCAAGCUCAUCAAGCACGGCAUCUUCGUGUACAACCUCGAAAACCCCAGCGAGGGCGAGGUCUUCCUCUGGUGCCGGGAGCAAUACGCUGAGGAGGUUUACAAUAAGAUUGUUCAUUACAUCGUCGGGAAACAUGUUCCUGUUCCCAAUGGAGUACGGCCUUCUGGCUCAUACUCCUCAUUGUCUUCAGCCUCUUCAACACCUGAGAAUCAAAUCCGAUGUAAAAUAAAUAGGUUAUCAUCACCUGGUGCAAGGUUUUCUGGCUUGUCGCCUUCAUCGCUUCCACUAUCCUUUCUCUCGUCGUCAUCCUCCUGUUCCUUAUCGUCGGAGUAUUUCCCAGAACUUUCUGACCACGAAAGUCAUAGGGAAUUGAUUUCAAAGAAAGGAUUCUCUAAAUCGUGUGUUUCUCUGCUAGCGCCUUCAUCCCGUGACGAAAAUGCAAUCAAACUGGUUACGGAAAACUGUGUUUCGUCCAACCGAGGGAAGUGUGUAAAAAGAAAGAAAACUCGAAGCAGGGCGUUAUCCGAGCCGUAUUCACCGGACGAUUACCUUUUGGAUAACGUAAUAAAUAGGCUAGAAAUCCCGCAGCAGAAAGGUUUAAGCAGCAGCUCGCCAUGUCUGAGGAGAAGCAACCCGGAAACUAAAUCAAAUGCCGAGGCAUCUUCGCCUAUGCAAAAAGUCGUAGGGUCGAUCUCAAGCCUUGGGAGACCCCACCUGAGUAAUGGAGUUGUUGCAAGAGGGUGGUACUCAAAAGAAAAUGAGCUUAAAGAAGAAAACGUUUUACCGAUUGGUAGUCCCUCAAGGGGUAACUUUGCUUCAAUUCCUGAAAACGAGAGUAUACAAAAGAACAACAAUACUGCCCCUUUGCGUGCGUGUAACGGCCGGGAUAGGGUCGACGAUUCUAACAAUGUACCCCCCAUCCCGGCAAGGUACCCUGUGCCCUUUUCAAACAGACCCCCUGAUCUCCCACCACGCCCUUCCAAACCCCAGCCCCUCCCUACGUCUACCGCGAAUAGGGUCGAUUUUCAUCAUCACGUUGUUCUUGAUAGUCCGCCAAUUCGGGAGAACGUCCUGAAGUCAGGUACAAAUCAUAGGCCAUCUAAAAAACCUAUGGAGCAACCCCCUUGGAGUCAGCCCCUUCCCAUACCUACAACAAGCAUCCUGGAUCUUCAGCAUCACGCUGGUUUUGAUAAUUCGCCUAUUCGGGAGAACGUCCAGAAGUCAUUUGCAGGCCAUAUGCAAUCUCAAGGACCCAUCGAGCCGUCUUCUUGCAGUCAACCGCUACCUAUCCCUUCAACGAACAAGGUGGAUUUACAUCAUCGUGUUGUUCACGAUAAUACGCCUAUUCGGGAAAACGUCCAGAACUCCAGUGUAUGUAAUAGGCCAUCUCCAAAGCUCAUGGACCCGCCUUCUUGGAGUCAGUGUCAAGGAGGGGAUUUCCCUGGCACUGAUAGACAAUCUGUCCGUCGACCCAAAUGUUUCGUUUAUAUGAAUCUACCCGGGGAGCAUGCCACACCUGCGGCACCAGCAACAUACGUCAAUGUUCUUUCCGGGAAUAGUAUCAAGGGCUGUUACGAGAACUGGCAAAAGGGGAACAUGACAGGCCCAAGUAUCACACCCCGUGGCACACCACCGAAAUUACCACCAAGGAGGGUUAUAUCCAACAAGGAGCUCAUUCCUGAUAAAUCCUCGAGGGAGUCGAAGGUAACACAAGCGGUUACCCCAAGGCCUCCUAUGCGGCCCCCAAAGCCUGCAAAUCUGAGCAGUUCAAAGGGAACCUGUGAGGUGGAAUCGAGAAGGACUACGAUCCAAGUGGGAUUGUUUGCCGCUCAGCCGAUCAGCGGUCGUGUUUGGUUUUUGCGUGUGGCGUUUAUGCACAAGGAUGCGGAAGACACAACUUUUAAGAGAGUUUGUGAGAUAGAAAAGUCGAGCGGUCACUACCACCGCAAGAGCCAUUGUCUGGACGUGACGAGUGAUAUUAGACUUCGUGUACAGCCUACCAGUGAUGGCUUUGAGCUACUCAAUGAGAAUUCCCUGGACAUCGACUUAACAGAUAUUGAGAUGCUAAGAAAAGGCGACUGGUUUGUUAUUGAGUUCCAUCUUCAGCAACGCGAAGAAGCCAAGACCCAGUUUACUGGUAGUGUCUCUGUCACCCCUAGGGAGUUACGCCCGGGGGACAAGACACGCUGGACGUGUAAGGCGUUCAUGGGCAUUGAUGAGGUUUUCGACCUUAAGCCUUCAUUGGAUCCCUGCAGCCACCACCACAUAACAAACUACCGCUCCAGGUCACCAAACUCCAGUACCCUUAUCCCCGACUACAACAAACGCUUGCAACUCUGCAAAGCUCUAGACAUUACUUUGAACUCUAACCAUAGAGACUGGAGACAGCUUGCGGGCGCUUUGAACUUUACUAUCAACGAGAUAACCGAGAUACAAGAUCGUGCGCACCGAUGCUGUGACUUUUCGCCCACGGAUGUUGUCCUUCAUCGUUGGGAGGAGCGAGGGCGUGAUUUUGGCAUGGACAGACUAGUGUGCAUUUUGAGAGACAUGGGUCGACUAGAUGUUGUCCAGGAUUUAGGGUACAGCAUAGCGACGCCCGAGCAAGAAGAGUGGUGUUCCGAUUCAUCUGAUUGUGUUUCGAACUAAAUGAAUAUUUUUGGGUUUGGGCCAUUGCUUCCAUUCCAGAAUCACUCUUCAAAGACACUCUUUUUUUAUAACAACCUUUUAAUAAGAACGUCCAGCCUGAGAUUUCAGCAAAUUUUAAGAACAUGCUAAGAACAUGCCGAGGUUGAGAUAGAAAAAAAAUUCUUUUUUAGUCCUGAUGCGUUCUAGAAUGCAGAAUAAAAUUGUGCCCAUAGUAACAACCUUAUUAUUGCUAUUGGUCAUUAGUGUAGUUCUCUUCCUAAUAAGUCAUUGGGUAUUAUAUUUUUAUAUACAAUAAAAUUUAAGAACAUCGAUAAAAACAUAUUCAGCCUCAAAACGUCCCAUAAAUUUGAACGGCUCAGCCUCAACUGAAAAUUAGAAGUUCUUAUAGAAAAAAAGAGUGUAUACACCCUUCAGAACUUUGUUAACAGCAUCAUGUUAAAGUUCCGUAUAAACAGCGCAAACACCAGACAGCCGUUACCAAUGAAACUGGCAAAAUCCUGUUAAAUACUGGAUGCCUUAAAGCGGCAUCGCACCAGUUUACUUUCGGGGGGCCGACGGAAACCUCAACCAAUUAAAGACAAAAUAAUCUAUUAGAAUCACACACAUAAUUUUGAAAUAUUUUUCUGUUGAAAGUCAUCGGGGAUUGUUACUUGAUCGACCUGAAGUAAACUGGUGACUUUGUCGCUUCAAGAGCGUAGUUUAAUAUACCCUUGUACAGUCUGUGUAGUAUUUAGUGAUAUGCAUUAUUGAUCAAAAACAACCCUGAAAUUUAAAAAUAAAAUAAAACAAUCUAA